UUUUUCAGAUCGACCGCUUAUAAUUUAAAUAGUUUGAAAGGUGCAAAAUGGAAGCAAAUGAGAAGCGUAGUUACAUCUUCACUUACCAUAAGCAAGAUAAAAAUGAUGUCACCCAAUAUAAACGAUGCUAUUGAAGUUCUGUUAAACAAUUUUGAGAAAUUUUGUGAAUCGGGAGAAGCCUUUGAAUCUUAUGCCCUGUAUCAAAGGCUGACCAUGGAUGUAAUUGUCAGAACGGCCUUUAGUUUUCAGACUGAUAUUCAGAUAAAUCCCCAAAGUUCUUUCUACAACCUAUUUGUAAACAGAGAAGCUACCGAAAAUGUUCAAUACGAAAAUAUAUUUAUUCCGAAAGGAAUGUCUAUUCAAGUUCCAGUUUACUGGUUACAUCGCGAUCCGGAUAACUGGGAAAAUCCCGAAGAAUUUCGUCCAGAAAGGUUUGCUCCAGAGAAUGGAAACAAACACAAUCCUCUUUCGUGGCAACCGUUUGGAGUGGGACCCAGAAACUGCGUGGGAAUGAGAUUCGCAAUGAUGGAAACCAAAUUAGUUUUGGCUCGGCUAUUACAAAAAUACCGUAUAUUGCCGUGUGAAAAGACCGACAAGCAUCCCAUUCGGUUGAAACCUACGCCGGUUUUCAUCAAACCGAAGUAUGGAGCUAAUGUUAAAUUAGAGCGUUGCUGAUCAUUCUAUAUUCGCUAU